GUUGAAGCCACAAAACAGCACUCCGAUUCAUAGCUUUCGCGACUUGGCUGCACGAUGGCUGCCAGUGUCGCCGCCCAGGUGAGAAGAGGGAGCUGCAGGCCAGGCAAAUCCCUACAUCAUGACGUGAAUCACUUGUGCUGUCUGUGUGGUUUGUCAUUCGGUUUGGUGCAGAUGAGCGCGGUGAUACGGGCGCAGCUGCUGCCCCGGGUGGAAGGCUAUCGGCUGAAGCAGGCUCAGGUAUCAGCUGACCAACACACAUACCGACUCGUCCAUUCCAUGCAGCGCAUCCAAAGCUCAUCGGCUGCUUGCUUGUGUGUGUGGUGUGCAGGUCAACAGCUGCAUCGACCAACUUCUGCAGAUGGACACCGCGGCUUCGAUGGCACCACUGGUGCGGCAGGCUGCCAAACACACCACACACCACAAGGCCCUCUGUGUGUCUGUCGAGUCUACUUUGCUUGGCGUCGCUCUCGUCGUGUUGUGUCAUUCGUCAGAUGGUGGCCAAGGUGAGUCGUCAAUUUGCUGCCGUGUCGAACCUGCUGGCCGAGUUGGCAGAGACCAUCAACUCGACCAUCGCACUCACAAGACAUCGCCGCACACAGGUGAGUGGGGGAGCGACCACAGGCAGGCACAAACACAAGGCCCACACUGAUGUGGUGUGCACCUCUUAUGUGCUGUGUGUGUGUAUGUCCUUCUGUCUGUGUGUCAUCAGGCGCGACGGUGGCACCUGACUGACAUCCCUGCCGAGCCCAUGAGCGUCAUCCUGGAACUGUCUGACCUCACCACCAUCGGCCGAUUCAAAUCGACAGCCCGCCACUUCACCAACGCCGUGCGGCCGAUCGUCCGCCGGCUUCGGCUGCCGAAGGCCAUCGAGCGGGCGGGGGUUAGUGGUGUGGUGCAGUUCGACGAUCAGCUGAGCCACGGCGAAGUGAUGAAGGCCAUGUGGGUGGUGGAGGAGGGGGGCGAGGGCGGCUGGGGGGAGGUGGCCGACACACUCAGAGUCGCCGAGCAUUCGGGCUAUUGCCAGCUGCUGGUCAUUGUUGGUGCUGGAGCUCUGCAGACACACGCCACCAAGGCGGUAAGCACGACACACAGAAGAGGCAAUCGGUGAGCUGCUGGAUGUGUGUGUGUUGGCUGCAGGAUUUCUUGGCGCUGCCCCGUUUCUUUGCGCAGUGGAUGCUGGUCGGCCGCCGUGUGCCCUUCCGCCGCCCCACUGGCCAGCAUGACGGCACACUCGAGCUGUUCCGCCACAACAACAACGAGAUCCGCGCCAUCCGCAACGAGCCCAACUUUACUAUCACACUCAACCCGCCCCUCCCCCUCCCCGGCCGCCCCGUCCAUCCCUUCUCGCAGCACCCCUUCACCCACCACGCCAAGCCACACGACCCGCCAGUCCGCUGCCGCUUCUGCUGGCAGCCUGGUGUGGGCUGGAUUUCGAUUGGCGUGUAUGGGGCCGUUGACGCAUUGGCGAGCUCCAUGUUGAAGCGUCGGAUGCUGCAAUACCGGUUUGAGGCUGUGGGCGGCUUCACCGACUCGCCAACAGUGGUGGUGGACCGGUGAGAGGAUGGACGGCCACACAAUGAGAGGGCGAAUGGCUAUUUGGUGCGCUAUUGAUGUGUGUGUCAGGGGUGUGCGUGGCGGCCACCUUGACCGCAUCAUAACUCGAUCGCCACACACGGCCCUUGACGAGUGCUCAGACGUGACGGCAUUUGAGGGGGCCAGUGGGCGGUGUGGGUAGGUGCAUGUUCUGACGUCAUCCAACGACCCAGUCAUCGCAGAGAUUUUCUUCGUCAUUGCCCUAGGCAACAACCAGGACGGUACGUAUACACAUUCACAGCAUAUGUUCAUGCUUUCGUCUCGUCUGAUCAUCUGCUAUGCUGUUGUCUGCAUGCAGUGCGCAUCUUCAUCGCUACCAGCGAGGUGCGAGCAGCGGGUGUCCCUCAUGACGCCCCCUUCGCCCAACGAUUCCCCCUGACGGCCGCCAAAGCCCGUCGCGUCCUCGGGCCCAUCGCGGCCAUCGUGCUUGACGGCCAGGCGCCAUGAUCAUGAAGGUGAGAGCCACCCAGAUGAUGCAGACAUGCAUAUAAUGGUGUGCCUCCUGUGUGUUGGUUUCUGUCAUGCAGGAUGGUCGUUUGGCUCGAAGGAUGACCCGCUUGACUGGGCGGCUGACUGGCUGGCGGGCUGUUAGUGGGAUGGUGUGUGUGCAAGUUGGCUGCAUGUGGUGCGUCCGGCCGAAUGGGAUGGACUCAUCCGUGGAGUGGACGCGUGUGUGUGCAGACAGACAGACAGACAGACGGACAGACAGGUGCAUGUGAGUGAAAUCCAUCCGUGACAGAGAUGGAAGGCAUAGGAAUGCACGAACCAUUCAUUG